GCUACCCGCCUGACCGAUCCACCUGACUGUAGAUUUGUUCCUAUCUAUUUCGGUCCCACUUUCGACGCUUGAUCACCGCCGCUCUAUGGAACUGAUGGACAAGGCCGGAGUACAAAAGCCCACCACGACUCCGGUUCGCUCUGCUCUGACCGAAGCAUCACCCAGCCAUGGCUCGCUUCGUCGCGCUGUGCUCCGCCCUUGCGCUCUUGGUACAGUUUUCCCAGUGCGCGUCGAAUGCAACAAAUUCAACGAUCUCUGAUCCGUCGAGCUAUGUUAACGUCUUCAUUGGUACGACAAAUGGAGGACAUGUCUUCCCAGGCGCGACCUUGCCACACGGACUGAUCAAAGCUGGAAUGGAUACGGACUCUCCGGGGAAUCAAGCUGGUUAUGACGCGAACGCGACUUACAACGCGACGGGAUUUUCUCAGCUUCACGACGAAGGCACAGGAGGAGGUGUAUCGUUGUCAAACUUCAAGCUCUUCCCUCUCCCGAACUGCACCGACUUUAGAGCUUGUCCGACGUCAAUGGACUCAAGAAAGACACUUCGCGUUGUUCUUCCUGAUGGCACCCCAGACGAUGCGGGCUCUCCCGGUUACUUUGCUUCCAAUCUAUCAACUGGUAUCCGAGUGGAAUUGACAGCUGCAAGCCGCGCCGCGCUGCAUCGCUAUACAUUCCCAGCUUCAUCGACUCUUCCUCGGAUGAUCGUGGAUAUCACAAAUGAUGGCUUGAACAGUAACACAGAACCCGUCAUCUCUGUGGACCCGACUUCUGGUCGCGUCGUAGGUGGCGCCAGCUUUGCGGGAUCAUUCGGUCCUGGGAGAUACAGUGUCUACACUUGCGUCGACUUCAAAGGAGAAGGAUUUGACUUAGGUUCUCCCGUAGAAUAUGGAGUAUAUAUUACGGACGAGCCAACACAGUACAGCACGACAUUUACGCAACUCUAUUCUGGUUUCGACUCGGAGAUGGGUGCCCUGCUCGGUUUCUCGCCUUCGUCUGACAGCUCCGAUGGAACGACGACCAUCCUGGCACGGGUUGGCGUGUCGUUCAUCUCCACCGACCAAGCCUGCUCGAAUGCCGAGACCGAUAUUCCUGAGUGGGACUUUGAGGGAGUGGUCACGAACGCUCGCGACACAUGGAACGAACUCCUAGGCAGAAUCCAGGUGGAUACUACUGGUGUCGACGAUGAGAUUACGGAGCUGUUUUACUCUUCGUUUUACCGCACGCACCUUGUCCCCGCUAAUUAUACCGGCGAGAACCCAAAGUGGGAGUCAACAGAACCUUACUAUGAUUCGUUCUACUGCAACUGGGACACGUUCCGCAACCUUUAUCCUUUGUACUCAUUGCAUGACCCGGAACGCUUCGCUGAGAUUGUCCGAGGGAUGAUCAACAUCCAGCAACACGAGGGAUGGCUUCCCGAGUGCCGGGGCGCCACCGUUCAACAGUACAUUCAGGGUGGAAGUGAUGCUGAUCCAAUUUUGGGAGAAUUCUUCGUCAAGUAUCAUGGGCAAGCCGCCUCCCUCGGGGUGUCCUCCGACAACUUGUUCCAAGCUUUGCUCGUUGAUGGCGAGAAUACAUCUACAAUCUGGAACCUCCAGGGUCGCCUGAACACUGCUUGGAAGCAGUAUAAUUUCAUCCCUUCGGACCUUUACGCCCCUGGAGGCGCGGCAACGAAGCAGGUGUCCCGGACUAUAGAGAGUGCAUUUGAUGAUUUCGCCAUUGCUCAAGUCGCCAAGAUCUUGAACCAGACAGACAUUGCCAACGAGUACUACUCUCGUGCCGGCUACUAUGUCAACGUCUGGAACGAGAAUGUCACGUUGCCCGGGGAUGACACGGUAAAGGGCAUGAUGCAGCCUCGGUUCAUGAAUGGAACAUUUAACUACACUGACCCCCGUCAUUGCAGCGUGAACGACCCGACACAAGCGACUUGUUAUUUGGAUGCUACCAAUCACGACGGCUUCUACGAGUCGUCACCUAUGGUUUACUCGCUGUUCGUUCCCCAUGACACGGCAAAACUCAUCGAACUCGCCGGUGGAAACGAGUCAUUCGUUCAUAGGCUCAACGUCAUGUUCGAGCAGCACUUCUUCGACAUUUCGGAUGAGCCCUCGAUGCAAAUCCCGUUCAUGUACCACUAUGUCAACCAACCAGGGCUUAGCGUCCAGCAAGCCCGAGAGACGAUGGCUGACAACUUCAACACGACUGUGAUAGGUAUUCCUGGAAACGACGAUUCUGGUGUCAUGGGCAGUUUCGCCGCCUUCGUACUGCUCGGGAUGUAUCCCGUUCCCGCAACGCAGCAAUACUUGCUCGUCUCUCCGUACUUCCCCCAGGUCUCGUUCUACAACCCCGCCUUCAACUCAACCACGACGAUCAAGGCGACCAAUUUCCAGGGGAACCCUGCGAACGGCACCGGAGGAACAGUAUACAUUCAGAACGUCACGGUGAAUGGCCAGCCAUACAAGUCGAAUUGCUACCUCGACUGGGAUGUCUUCCAGUCGGGCUCCACUGUUGAACUGACGCUCACCGACGAUGCCAGUGUGGCGUGCGGCGACACCGCUGAUGCGCUCCCUCCUUCGCUGUCCACAGGAGGAUUCGCCUAAAGACAACUCAAUGCUAGAUUGCUGAAGCGCUGAUGUUGUUGUAUUUCC